UAUUUUUCAUUCAAUCUUUGGAGCUCUAACCCUUCGGACUGUUUUGUGAAAACAGCAAAAUAAAACCUAAAUUAACAACGUUCCGCCUCUUCUAAACAAAGACAAAAGCAAUUUACGAAGAUGUGCAGCUGGCCUUGUUAUCCCUCUGCCGCCCUCUGCCCUUGCGGUGGUUGUGGACCCAGUGGCUACUACGAUCCCUGCUUUGGACCCUACAAUGGUCCAUUUAACUCCAGGUGUGGCACAAGUGGUCCAGGAUUCUGGGGCGGACGCUGUUUCUAGUCGUCGCCAGGAUGAGAAAGAUCGAUCGUCUUCACAUGCAACAGUCGGGAGGGUUUAAACAUUCAAAAAUUCAAUAAAAUUAUGUUUCAAUUCUGUU